AUGAGUAAAAGUUCAAGUGAACAACCAUCGAAGACUGAUAAUUCAUCAGUUCUGGCGACAGGGCCUCCAGUCAUUGAGAAACUGGCGUCAGGUUCUACCAUAUUAGUCGGUGUGCACAAGGUUGAAGUGAUCGAGUAUAUUGCAGAAGGAGGAUUUGCACAUAUUUAUAAGGUUAAAUUUAUUGAAUACAGCAAUGAAUUAGAUAGACGUGACAGGGUAUUACGCAGAGGUGAUAUAGCGUGUUUAAAGAGAGUGAUAGUAAGUGAUGAAAAUGGACUUAAUGAAUUGCGCACUGAGGUUGAAGUGAUGAAGAAGUUAAAGGGAUGUAAUAAUGUUGUCCAGUAUUACGACUCAAAUGCAACCCGACAAGCUGAUGGCUCACCAAGAUUUGAGGUUCUGCUGUUGAUGGAAUUGUGUCCUAACGGUUCAUUGUUGGACUAUAUGAACCGGCGCCUAGCUACGAAAUUAACUGAAGGAGAGGUUUUGAAAAUCAUGCAUGAUAUCGCCAUGGGGCUUUCCCAAAUGCACUAUUUGCGCGCGCCAUUGAUUCAUAGAGAUAUAAAGAUUGAAAAUGUACUCGUUGAUGCUAAUAAUAACUUCAAGCUUUGUGACUUCGGUUCCACUUCAGCGUGUCUGCCAGUUGUUAGCAGUCAUCAAGAGAUCGCUGUUUUGACAAACAAGAUAUACAUCCAUACGACACCUCAGUAUAGGUCACCAGAGAUGAUUGAUCUUUAUAGAUGUCUUCCAAUUAACGAGAAAUCAGAUAUUUGGGCUUUGGGUAUUUUCCUUUACAAAUUACUAUUUUACACAACUCCUUUUGAAUUAACAGGUCAGUUUGCGAUACUACAUUCAAAGUAUGAUAUUCCUCAAAAUAACUUCUCUUCCAAGUUAAUUAACCUAAUGAUUGUAAUGUUAGCUGAGAAUCCUCAUUUGCGCCCUAACAUAUAUCAGGUUAUGUUUCAUAUCUGUUCUAUGUUGAAUUGUGAAGUACCUAUAGAAGAUAUUUAUGGACAUGGACCUUAUGACUUCGACAAGUACGCCAGAUACCAAGAAAGACUGCAGCAUCUACAGUAUGAAAUGUUGGUAACUCAGCAGAAUGUGGGUUAUGGUGACAACAUUAACAAGUUGAUUAAUUUGUUUGUUGAAAAUUUCGAAAUUGCUCCGAGGCAACCAAUCAAUCCUGGCCAAGGAACUCAAUCAAACAUUGUCCCACAGCCACCGCAAUCAAGUCUACCAGGAUAUUCGUCCACACAGCAACACGGUCAGCGGGUUGGCACUCUGCCUAAACCCGUACCUUCAAAUAUUUACAAAGGUAAUCCACAACAGCCUAGUAGCAUGGCUUCCGGAAUUAAAAAUAAAACUGCAAAUGAAUAUGAAAUAAAUUUAGGGCGCAAGAAUGCUAAUGGCACUGCUGGAGAGGAUAACUUCUUUCCUGUGCAUCCUGACACACCAAAAAAAGCUGAUCUGACAAAGGAAAGAUUACAUAUGAUGGCUAAAGGAGAUAAUGGCCAAAUCACUGCACACUCGGACAUAUCAGAUAAAUCAUUAGCACCAACAAAUACUAGGAACUCUGCUCAUAUUACCACAUCUGUGACAGUUCCUAUGGCUAAUCAAGGUGCUUCGGGACAAAAGUCGGUGAAGCAAUAUAAAAGUAAUAAUCCAUUCCCAAAAAUGGAUAAAGACGAGUUUAAUGCUGAUAUUUUUAACAGUAAUCCCAUGGAAGAUCCGUUCUUUAGGGGGAAUCGGACGUCUCAAUUGCCUAAUAAAAUCCCAGAUAUUCGGGUCCAUCAGCUUCCAACUGUAAAUCCAAAACCUCCUGUUAGCUCCGUUCCCCUACCUCCUCCAAUCAUAAACAUGGCUAUGCAGCAGCCAAACCUUCCAAUGUCUAACAUUUCAGCACAGCAAUUCCUAGAUUUGCAAGGGGAUCCUAAAACCUUAUCUCAAGCAUCCUACCAAUCUUACUACCAUAAUAAUAACAUGAAUGGUAAUCAGAAUAUGGGAUUUCCCGUUUACCCAUAUCAUAUGGAUCCUCGAUAUUUGGACCCUCCAUCAGCAGUAAUGGCCAAUCAGAAUAUUGCAUCGGCUAGCUAUGCCUCUCCAGAAACGCCAAGUGAUAGUGAACCGCCAUUGCUUACACUGUCGACUUCAGAAAAAGCUGCAGAUAUUGGUUUGGAUUUGACUUAUAAUCAGGUUAACCUCUCACGAAAUGGAAGCCUGAGUGGGAACGAUGAUCGAGAAGAAACUGGUUCCGAUAACCAGAGCAUUGUAUUGACAAGUGAAAGUAUAACUUUAGACUUGUCACAUAAGGAUGAACAGCUAGCUGGCUCUACAGUACAACAUCAUAGAAGCUCUUCACUUCAGAAUACACUUCAGUCCUCUAAACACGAUGAAGAGCAUGUGCUGCCUAGCGUUCGCAAUACUCGGCCAUCUCUAGACUUGAACUUCCAGGAAAUUGAUCUAUCUUCUUCCUCAUCUCCUACACAAUACAAUGUCCCAUUUUCAAAACACCAAAAUCAUCAGUACAUUAAUAAUAACCAAAACAAUGCCAAUGCUUCCGUUAGCGAUAACGCUGGUUCCCAUAAGCAAUCUACCUCAGGCAAGAAAUCUACCACGGACUCAGAGCUUAUAAAGACUUCUAAACGAGAACUGUCUUCCUCACCUCCUAGAAGGCGGUCUAUCUUUGGCGUUUUUAAGACAUGA